UUUUUCCUUGCAUUUUAAUGGCAUCCAUCAUCUCCAUCAUCUUCAUCGUCAAUUUUGUGUUUCUUUUGGGAGGUGUGAAUGCCUCAAAACAUGAAAUAGGGAUCUAUGAAAUCAACAAUGGCCAUUUUUCUGUUAAAUUCACCAACUGGGGUGCAACCAUUGUCUCCCUUCUUCUUCCUGAUAAGAAUGGGAAGGUUGGAGAUGUGGUUCUGGGAUAUGACUCUGUCUAUACAUACAAGAAUGAUUCGACGUACUUUGGAGCAAUCGUUGGACGGGUAGCUAACCGAAUUGCAGGAGCUCAAUUCAAGUUAAACGGAACCCGUUACAAAUUAGACGCUAACGAAAAGCAUAACAUGCUUCAUGGUGGACAUCGAGGAUUUAGCGACGUGAUUUGGGAGGUCUUGAAGCAUAAAAAAACGGGCGAAUUGGCCUGUAUUACGUUUGGAUACCAAAGUUUCGAUGGCGAAGAAGGAUUUCCUGGAGAUCUUGAUGUAACCGUCACCUAUUCGUUGACCGGUAAGUACAAACUAAGCGUAACAAUGGAGGCAAAAGCCCGAAACAAGGCCACCCCGGUUAACCUAGCCCAACACACGUAUUGGAACCUUGGAGGUCACAAUAGCGGCAAUAUCCUAUCCGAAAAGAUCAGGAUUUUCGCGUCCUGCAUCACGCCAACGAACAAAGACCUCAUUCCCACCGGAAAAAUCGUUCCCGUCAAAGGCACACCGUAUGAUUUCCGACAACCCUGCGCCAUAAAAUCCAAGAUCGACGAACUUCCAAACGCCUACGACAUAAACUACGUGCUGGACGGCGAAAAGGGACGGAAGAUGAAGGUUGCGGCCAUCGUGUGGGAUGAAAAGUCCGGUAGAUCAAUGAAACUCGCCACGAAUGCACCGGGUGUCCAGUUUUACACGGCCUCGAAUUUAUUAACGGGUGUGAAGGGAAAAGGCGGGUUCGUGUACAGAGAGCACGCCGGAUUGUGUCUCGAGACUCAAGGGUUUCCCGAUUCGGUUAACCACCCGAACUUCCCGUCACAAAUCAUUAACCCGGGUCAAAUUUACAAGCACCGAAUGUUGUUCACGUUCUCGAUCAAGCAUUUAAACAUUGAGUAGGAAGAUUUAGAAUGAGAAUAAAGUACGUUUUUAAAUGGAUAUAUAUUGUUUAUGAUUCAUGUUUUUGCCUUUGCAGCAUAAUAAUCAAUUUGGCUCUUGUAUGUUUUUUAUC